AUGGCUACGCCUGGUUACAGACUCGGCGUUGAUGUUGGAGGAACCUUCACCGACGUCUGCGUCAUUACCCCGAACGGCGAAGCGGUACGCACAAAAGUGCCGACCAACACGACAGAUCAGUCUAUUGGUGUGCAAGACGGAGUGCAACAGGCACGCAAAAUCCUGAAGGAGAAGUACAACUGGGACGGCAGGUUUGAGUACAUACACCAUGGCACAACCACAGGUACCAAUGCGGUGCUUGAAGGCAAAGGCGCCAAAUGCGGUCUCAUCGUCACCAAGGGUCACAAGGACAUACUAUCCACACGGCGAAGCCAGAUACCAGGCGGAUUAGGCUCAUGGAUGCACUACGAACAGCCCGAUCCUCUCGUGCCUCUCGAGAGGACUGUAGAAGUCAAAGAGCGUAUCAAGAUUGACGGUGAAGUCUUCUACGAGUUGGAUGAGGAUGAAUUACGAAAGGACUUGCAAGAUCUGAAGAGACAACAGCCACAAGCAAUCGCCGUAUCGCUGAUCAAUUCCUUCGCGAACAGCGCCCAUGAAGAACGCAUCAGGGCCAUAUUGAGCAGCGAGUUUGGGCCAGAUGUCGAGAUCGUCACUUCUACAGAUGUACUGCCAGAGAUCCAAGAGUACGAGCGUACCGUUACGACAGCCGCCAACGCCAUCGUCAAACCGGUGGUAAAGAGUUAUAUGCAGAACCUACAAAAGAAGCUCGAGAAAGACACAGACACGAUCCGCAUCUUGAAAUCCGAUGGUGACCUGACUUCAACCCAACUUGCUGGCGAGACACCGGUGCGCAUCCUCAUGAGUGGGCCAGCUGGUGGCGUCAAGGCUGUUUCUCAUCUCGUCGCGAAGAGCACGCCCUACAAGAACCUCAUUACAUUCGACAUGGGCGGAACUUCCACUGACUGCGCUCUACUUCCGGGAAGCGAUGCCAUCAUCCGACGAGAGACCGCGAUCGGUCACCUGUCAGUUCGAGCACCCAGCGUAGAUGUUAAUACUGUAGGAGCCGGCGGUGGCUCUAUCGCAAUCUUCAAUGACUUCACGAAGACUCUACGUGUUGGACCCGAGUCUAGCGGCGCUACACCUGGUCCUGCAGCUUACGGAAAAGGUGGUACCCAAGCGACUGUGACCGACGCAAACUUGGCGUUAGGUCGCCUUCCAUCGAAACUGCUCGGUGGAAAGUUCCAAUUGGAUGUCGCCGCAUCUACAGCUGCAGUCGAAUCGAUCGCUAAGCAAAUGGAUCUUGAUACAGCUUCCGCAGCUGAGGGCAUUAUCGACCUGGUAAACGAAUCCAUGCACGGUGCUCUGCGGCUGGUAUCUGUCGAGCAAGGCUACGAUCCACGCGACUUUGCAUUGGUCGCUCUCGGUGGUGCGGGUCCACUUCAUGGCAAUGCCCUUGGUCAACUUCUUGGUUCCUGGCCUGUUAUCGUCCCUCCUUCUCCCGGUGUGCUAUGUGCUCAAGGUGAUGCUAUCACGAAGAUGUCGCAUGAGCAGAGUUGCACAUACAUUCGCGCAUUCUCCGAGAUAACCGAGGAAGAACUCAAGGAAAUAUUACUCGAUCUCAAGGCCGGCGGUGUGAAGACAAUGAAGACUUCGCUUGCAGACGAGAACGCUUCUCUCCAUGUCGUAUACCAAGCAGAUAUGCGCUACAAGGGUCAGGCUAUGACGCUCACUGUUGAUCUGAGUUCUGAUGAGUUUGACAACUCAGAUAAGCUUGUGGAUAUCUUCCGUUCCAAAUUCAACGAGGCCCACCAACAUCAGUUUGGUUUUUCACACGCGAAUGCUGAGAUGGAGACAAUGCGCUUGCGUGCAAAAGUCAUUGACGCUUCCGAAGAGGUUGCUUUCAAGCCUCUGGAGGAUGCCAGUACUUCUGAACCUUGCGAAGAUGCCAUCACAGCUAAGCAGGUCAUUGUCUGGGAUGGGAAGAAAGUCGAGGCAACUUUCUGGGAUCGGUCCAAGAUCGGGGGAGCUGGCAAAAUCAUACCUGGCCCAGCGGUUGUUACUGAGAUGGACUCGAACACUCUCAUUCUUCCUGGAUUUUACGGAAAGAUCGACUCCAUGGGUAACAUACUCAUCUGGCCUACCGAGAAGAAGGACCAUGGAAAGGACGUGCACAGCAAAGAGACAGCUCAAGCACUGAUCAAAGAGCAGCCAAUCAUCGCUACGCUCAUUGCCUCUGCACUGGGAUCUAUCAGACGAGAGAUGGAUGCUCUUCUACUUCGUUGCGCCAUGAGCCCAGCAAUCCGAGAACAGCAAGAUGAGUUCAACGUUAUCACCAACACACGUGGCCAGAUGCUAGUCGGUCAGUUUGGGUCUUUCAUACAGCAGUUUCUCGACGGCUGGAACGGCACAAUCGAAGAAGGCGAUGUGUUUGUCACGAACGAUGUAUACCAGACUGAUGGCGCCGUAUCGCAUCUCAACGACGUCAUCGUAAUACUUCCUAUUUACUACGAGCACAGCCUCAUAGGAUGGGCCGCAAAUUUCGGUCACAUAACCGAUGUGCAAGGAAAAGUACCAGGCUCCAUGAGUAUCAACGCAAGCACCAUAUUCGAGGACGGGGUUCAGAUACCUAUUGUCAAGCUCUACACGAAAGGCGUGUACAACGAGACUCUUGCGACCGUACUAUUCCGUAAUUCCCGUGCACCAGACUGGUUUCAAAGUGACCUCAUGGCGCUCGUUACCGCUUGCCGCACAGCUGCUACGCGUGUCACCGAACUAUGUGGGCGCUACAGUCUGGAGGUAUACGAGGCAGCUGCGGACUACCUACUGGAGCAGAACAAGCUUGCCAUCAGCAGGAUCAUCAAUGAUAAGAUCAGCGAUGAGGUGUCAAGCUUCACCGAUUUCAUCGACGAUGAUGGUCAAGGAGUUGGUCCGUAUGCCAUCACUUGUUCCAUGAAGAAGGAGAACGGGAAGCUUAUUUUCGAUUGGGAUGGCACGUCACCGCAGUCAAACAGCUCGAUGAACUUUUAUCUGUCUAUCACGUUGUUCAAGAUGUUCAUCGGUUAUCAUUUGCUCGCUAUCUACGAUCCGUAUGCUGUGGUGAACGAUGGAUUCCAUGAGUUGCUAGACAUCAAGAUCCCGGCUGGUACCAUCCUCCGUCCCGUGCGUCCAGCAGCCGUCAGUUGCCGCACUCAUCUCCUCGGUCGCAUCAUGGACGUUUUGCAAGCACUCUUCGGACAACAGAACCCCGCCUACCGUUGCGCAGCAGGUUUCUCCGACUCACCCCACCUCUUCUACUCCGGGUUCAAGCCCGACGGAGAGUUCUACUUGCUCUACCAAAUCGGUUUCGGUGGCGUGCCUGCGCGACCAAUCGGUGAUGGGCCGGACUGCCACUGUCUCUUCCCAGCUAUCAAGUCCAUCCCAGCUGAAAACAUCGAGCUCUACUAUCCCGUCAUCAUCGAAGCCAACGAGGCAUUGCCAGAUUCUGGUGGCGCUGGUUUCUACCGUGGUGGUAAUGCACAGAGAACUUUGUACAGAUGGCUAUGCGAAGGCGACGUCAGCACGCACGACGACCGAUGGUUGACCAAGGCCUGGGGAGUCAACGGCGGAAAGCCUGGAAGCAGGUCGAGAAAGAUUGUCUACCGAAACAACAGCUAUGGUACACCAGCCGAGAAGGAAAACAUGGAGUUCUGUCAAUCGAAGCAGGAUUUCAUACAUGUCUACCCAGGCGACGUACUAGAAUGGAUAACCUGGGGUGGCGGCGGCCUCGGAGACCCUUUGACCCGCCCACCCGAACGCGUAGCACAAGAAGUCCACCGCCGUCUCGUCACCCCCGAAGGUGCCGCAGAGAACUACGGUGUCGUCGUCGACCCGCACAACUUCACGUUCGAUAAAUUCGCUACAUCUACUCUCCGCAGUAAAAAACGCGAGGCGCGUGCCAAAGAGGGCGUCUAUAGCACCGACAAUACGAUUGACCGCGGUGGCACUCUGAGCGAGCUGAUGCGCAAGUGUGAGGAGGAGACGGGACUCAAGGCACCGGUGCCGCAGUGGGAGAAGAGAAUUUAUGGUCCGCAUGCUGGUUUGGAGUAUGUGAGGGCUUGGUACGAGACUAUGAAGAAGGAGGGGAUGGAGAGGUGGGAUAGGGCUUAG